AUGCUCAGCCAGAGCGGUACCAAUUCCUCGGAACAGCAGGGACAGGGCAAUAAGCGACAACGCACGGCAGCCAUGUAUCAUCGCAAACGUGCCGUGACAGCUUGCCAAUCCUGUCGAUUGAGGAAGACCAAGUGCGACAAUGUUCGUCCAGUGUGUGGCUUUUGCUCCAGAAGCGGUGCUCAAUGUGUCUACCCUGGCUCUGGGCCUGAUAGUGAUUAUUCAAGCUAUGAUCCCGCCAGUUUGACUAUUCUGGAUCGGCUCAAUCAUGUUGUGUCUCUACUGGAGUCACGGCCUUUAGCAGUACUUGUAAAUGAUACAGGAUCAUACAAUUCACAGCAUGACACAUCUAGUAUAUCAGAAAGGAAUGCUAGUAUCACUCGGCCAUUGCGUGUUGCUCCAAUACACGUAUCGAGAGACCUAACGACACAUGUGCCUGAGGGUGAUAUCCUCCAGGUCCUUGAGCGCCCUGAAUUUCCUUCAGAAUCUAAUAAUUGUGAGAGUAUUAUGCGGUGGCCAAUAUUCCAAGGCCUCGUGCCUGAGGUACACUCCUUCGUCCUGGAGCUGAAUGAAGAUGUAGAAGCAAGGUCUAGUGAUUCGCGGGGCGUCUCAGCUGGGAGAGGCGUCCAAGAGGAGGAUUUCGUUCCACUUUCAAAACGGUUUCUGGCAUAUGUACAUGUCAAGAACCCAAUUCUGGAUGUGAAAGAUUAUAAAAAGAAGGUCAGAGAAGCAGCUGAGAAUGGCCCAAGGUGGGAUGGCGCAUCUUGUCUGGUACUGAUCUCCUGCGCGAUUGCCUGCCUCUCAGUACCCUUUAACACCGAGGCAGAUGUUGACGGCUCUCCUGCUUCAACACGCUCAUCGACAAAUACUGUUUUAGACCCGGACACCGCUGCAUCAUACUAUCUAGCCGCAAGGAAACGGCUUGGACUGCUUCAGCCAUCACUUUUAUACAUACAGUGCCUAUUCCUUUGUGGUAUCUACGAGAUGUACUGCCUUCACCCACUGCAAGCUUGGUUUCACUUCAAUCGCGCUUGUGUCGAUUUACGAAACAUCCUCUGGACUCGCAGUCAGAAGAAGUCGAACCAGGCAACCACGCAGGAAACUCGCCGACUUGAACAAAGACUGUAUUGGUCCUGUGUCAAAACGGAAUACGAAUUACGGUACGAGAUACCGCUACCACCAAGCGGUAUCACGCAGUGUGACUAUCCAGACAUGUUUCCGUCACCACCAACAGAACUGACCUCUCCAUCGGCCUAUGAUCGGGGUGGCACAUUAGAAGACGAUGUUGUUCCCGAAGAGGAAAAGAGUUGGUAUUCGCACAUUCCACCUCAAAUCGACCCAAAGAAUGCAGUACAUGCCAACAACGAGCUGGCACAGUUCUUGAAAAAUCGUGAACUAUCCUGUCGAGAAUGGAUACACCGCCCCUUUCUCUUCUACGUACUUCACCAAUCGCCAGAAGAUGAGCACUACGGUCGAGCUAUCCCACUGGCGCAAAGGUGUCUCGAGUUAUGCGUAGAGCACCUCUUCCGAACCUAUGGGCAUAACCGGCAUCAUGGCACGUGGUAUAUCGCACGUUCCUGUGUGACCAAAGCUUUGAUCUUGCUGGCUGCGGCGAAGAGUGGUCGCAUAACGCUCCCUCCUGGCUGGAAAGAGGCACUGGAAAUUGCACGAUGGACAGUAAAUCGGUGGUCAAGUGAAGCUCCGGACCUUGAGUGGGCCCAGAGAAUAUUGGAGACUAUUGUAGGAGAGGUUGAAAAGAAUGUGUAG